AUGGAGCGCAGAAAGUCGGCACUUACACCUGAAAAUUACACCCGAGCAAUCAUCUCGCUCUCAAGGAGAUAUUCGAGCACCUCUGCCUUCCCGGGAAACAAUUACGUCGACAUUGCAGAAUGGAUGCUACAAGAUCGCAGUCUUCUCAACCCGGCGAAACCGGAAGACCAUGCCAUCCGUUUCGCUUCCAGAGCCGAACAGCCCCACGAUUUGGUAGUAGUAUACAAUAGCGGGGAGAGGAAGUGGGAUGUGCAACAAUACAGUCAAGAGCAACAUGAAGCCUUUUCCGCUGCCACCUCUGUUCCAGCAGGAGGACCGGGCCAACUAGUCUUCAUACGAGGCUUCAUAUCACCAUCAUGGGUGUCGGUCAUUGGGAGCAAAUACAACAUCGACCCAGAAUUCUUCAGGCGACAUAUGGAUUUCCUUUCUGCGAGCAUUGACAGGCAUUCAUACAGUUUCCCAUCACUUGCCAGUUCCUCAAAUAACAUAUUUCGACUUUGUGUGAGCACUCUUCUUCAUCGCGAUGAUUUCGGCGGACAAGAUCUCCAGUCGCAGCGGUCAGAGCAAUCAACUGAGCUCGGGACAUACAAGAUACAACUCUGGGGUCCAGUAGAGUCCGCUGCGGAGACUCCCUCGUGCGAGAAUAGAGGCUGGGCUGUCAUUGCCUGGAUGGACCAAGGUAGACCCUUGGAAGAAUCUCCUCCGGGGCCAUGGACAAGUCACAUCGAAUCCAAGGCUACACCACUACCCAUCCUCCAACAUCAUCCCAAGAUGGCGUUUCGAACCACCACCAAUCGUCUAGAUCCAGAUUCGAAUGCUUCAGCAGAGAUUCAGCAAAGCACGGCCGUUCUUCCCUUGCAGUACGAUUCAUUGAUCGCGCUUGUCGAUCUGGCCCGUCGCGCGCCUCAGGAUCCGCUUUUCAUGUGCAUCCCGUUGUUUGCGCAUGCGGCUUUCUCCGAAGUUCAGUUCUUGAAUCUCAUGGAGUCCAGAAUCCAAAUCCAGAUAAACACCAUAGCCGAAGGAGUUCCAGCUGACGCGUUGGGGACUCUUCAAUACUUCUCCAACAUUCUCAACCGACAUGCCCAGCAGCUGAAGGAUAGUACUCGUGCACUCUGCAAGUUGGCCGAGCGAAGCACUCAAGGACUGAAUGCGGUCAAAGCGGAAAGCCCGCUGCCAAAAAGUGCUGGGCCGUCGGGUCGCGGCAUGGGCGCACGCCCGCAGACCUCAGAAACUGAGACGGUCAGAAACGUUGGAUAUAAUAGUUUCGACAGUGCCUUUACAACAAAAGGCCUUUUGGAAGACUAUGCAGAACUCCACGUGCGUUGCAUCGACUUGUCAAAAAUGUGCACUCGGGGCAUAACUCUGGCAAUGAACAAGGCCACGAUCGAGGAAUCGCGCAAAGCCAUUGAGCAGUCUGAUUUAUAUUACAGUAUCUAA